UUUGCCAGUUUCCCUUUUUUUUUUUUUUGUUUGUUUGUUUGUUUGUUUGUGUUCAUACUCGUGCCAAAUGAAAAGUACGUGUGGAAGAUAUGGUGUGGUGAUGCAUACCUGUUAUUAGCGCAUAAUCAAAUAACUUACAAACUGUGUGCUGUGACUAUCUCCAAAGUACAUUGCCUGAUUUUCCUAGAUAGGUAUACAUUCUUGAAUUAGUGCCUUUUAGUAGCCCUGUACUACACUGACUGCAGGAUCAAUGUUUAAGAAUCACUGACUUAGAGUGAUAUGUUAAGUUUGGAUUUAAUAUGUUAGUUUCUCCAGUGUUGGUUACCUGCUUGCUGAGUGGAUGUUUAUGCUUGCUGACUGAAAAAUAAAAGAGGCAAGGUGUGGUAGGGUGAUGUAUACCUGUUAUUUAUGCUUAGAGUGAUAUGUUAGGUUUGGAUUUGGUUUGUUAUGUAGUUUCUCUAGUGUUGGUUGUGCUUCCUGAGUGAAUGCUUAUGCUUACUGUGUGAAAAGUAAAAGGCAAGGUAUGAUAGGGUGAUGUAUACCUGUUAUUAGUGCUUCGAGUGAUGUGUUAGCUUUGGAUUUAAUAUGCUACUUUAUGUUUGCUCAUCUUACUGAGUGAAUGCUUAUGCUUACCUAUUGAAAAAAGUGAAGAAAGCAAGGGAGGCUGGCUCAUAAAGGAAUACCUCUUCUCUCUUUUAUGUUGGUAAUACUUUAAUUGUAAUAUGUUGACAGACUGCCCCCUCACAACCUCAUCCAGUGGCUUAUUCCAGCACACGGACAUGACAGAUGAGAUGAAGACAGAGACAAUGGAGUUGAUAGUGACAGCCUGUGAGAAGCACCCAACUAAUAAUGAGAGUGCUGCCCGAGUCAUCAAGGAGACCAUGGACAAGCGCUAUGGGGCCACCUGGCACUGUGUGGUUGGCGAGGCUUUUGGUUUCGAGGUUUCUUAUGAGGUGAAAAAUUUGUUGUACAUGUUCUUUGCUGGUAACUUAGCCAUUGCUGUCUGGAAGUGCUGCUAGGACUCCUCAUAGGCCAGAUUCUUUCCAUCUACUUAAGUUUAAGAAUAUACUGUACCUACAUUCCAAUAACACAUAGGCAGAAUAGAUGUAUGGAAUGUAUUUAUGUUGUGCAUGGAUGAGUGGGUUUAGGGCUAAUUCUGCAAAAGUUUUGAGGGUUACUUAUUUAUUCAUUUUUAUUUAUUUAUUUAUUUUGUAUUUGUUUUUAAUUUUUUAGCAAAUUAACAAGUGUGCAAGUUCUGUAUUAUUAGUAACAUGUGAUUUUUAGUUUUUUUACAUGAUCUAUCUUUAUAUAUUUGUUGGUGAUUAUUUUGAGUGUGGAAGUCAAAACUUUUCACUGUUAGUGUAAAUGCAAGACUGCCUUUUAAUACUCAUUAAUUGUUAUGACUGCACAGCAAGACUACCUUUCAAUACUCAUAGUACAAAUAUGCCUUUGCAAAUAUGCAUUCUUUUAGCUGUGCCAGGCUCAGAAUAGUAUUUAUAAUAGAUUUCUUGCUUGCCUUCAAUGAUGCAAUGAUUUCAGAGUUUGUGGAUCAUUGCAACAUGCAGGAAAAAGAAGGUUAAGUUCAUGUUUUUAUGUACAAUAUUACUUAAAGCAGCUUUAACUUACUCAUACAUGGUUAUUAUGUUGCAUAUUUAUUAGUUAUUUUUAGGAGAUUAUGUAUAUUUUAUGUAUGGUUUUUAUGAGCUUUUUAAUGAUUAACUAUAUAAUAUAACUUAUGUGCAUGAUAAAGAUGCAGGACAUCAUGUUGAGGUUGUAAUUGGUGCUUGUUUCAGCAGAUAUGAAGUAUUAUCCCACAAACCAGUCAUAUUUGAAACUUAAUUCAAACACAGCAGGAUAAUAGUUUUAAUGUAGCAUUAUGAAAUUUACAGUGUCACAGCAUGUCAUGUCAAAUUUCACUUUACUUAAAGGAUGGUGGAAGGUGAAUUAUGUUUUGCUUCCCUUUAAGAAAAUCUGGAUUGAUGUUCCUGCAAAGCUGCUCCAUUUUCUUUAUUGGUGCUAGUGUGAUGGGUGCUUACUAUUGCUCUUAGGGUUAUAGUUUUAGCUGUAAGAAAUUGUUCACAUUUCAGCCCUUAUUUUUGAAGCACAUGUGGCUGCACUCUGAAAACAAAAGGAAGUCAGCAGCUUGAAAUUGUUGCUUUUGCUAUGUGUUACCUGAGUCACAACAUGCCUGAAUGUAACAGUAGCCUUAUCAUCAUGUCAGGGUCUAGGUUAUGAGGGUAACAGUGCUAUUAAUGUAUUUUCUUAGCAUAAUAUUAAACAAUAUUCAUUUUAACUGGAGAAAUAAGACUCUUUCUGAUCCUUUCCAGUAACCAUGAAGUUAAUAAGUGAAGCUCUGAUCCAUUUUCCAUCUUGAAUUUGAUGUAAGUGAUUGGUGACUUUGAGAAUGCACUUGACUGAUGGCUCUUGAGUGGAAAGGGGCAGUUAGGCCUUAUUUGUCAAGUUGAAAUUAAGUAAUUACCUAGAGAAUUCUUUUGUAUACAUUUCAUUGAGGAAGAGACCAUAGGCCGCCUGUGGCUUUUCAGCAAAACUGGUGCAUGGUAAAUAUUGAAUAAAAAUGUGAGUGAAUAGCC